GUGAGAGAGCUGCUCGGACAGGAAGAGGCAGUGGUCAGUGAGGCGGGAAGAAGGUGGGGGAAUGGGUGGCAGGAGGACAGACGGGUGUUAGGACCACUGCCCCAAGGGGAAGGAAGUUCAGCUGGAGCUGGGUGUGUGCCCAGAGCAGAAGCCCACAGUGCAAGGGAAUUCAGAGCAGGAGUGGGCAAUGGUGUCUAUUAGCUUUACCAUGGGUGACCCACCAAGGAUUAGGCAGAGGAGAGAAGGGAGAAAGGGAUUUAAACAGGAUCUUUCAUAAAUUUAUCUACCUCCUCCUGAGUUACCCCCAACGAUCCAGACUCCACAACGUUCCGGGACAGAGACUUCCAAAGAUACACCACCCUCCGUGUGGAGAAACUUCUGUGCACUUUAUCCUGAAGUGAGCCACCCACUUACCUUGCCCCCUCGUUCGAGACUCUCCCAGAGAGGAGGAACCCCCACUGGUCUGCGACUCCAAAGUGAAACCAAAAGGCCAAUGUGUGUCUGAGUCCGUGGGUGGAACUGCCGGCAGCUGACAGAACCUCAGACACACAGGGCUCAAAACAGGAGGCGCCCUGCUUCGAGCUGUCACUGAGGCGCGGGGCAGGAUCCACCGUCAGUCUGUGAGCAGGGAGAAUGGGUCGCUCGGAGAAGGCUGCAGAGGGAGAUAUUGGCCUGGGUCCUGUGUUCUUCACAGUGCUGUUGACACUGGCCUUCUCCAUACCAAUCACCACAUUGCUGGUUAUGUACUUCAAGGCUGGGAGUCAGCUGGCAGUCAACCAUCAGGUUCCUCACAACUCCUCUGGCUGGGCCAAACCCUCAGGGAGAGUCGGCGUCGAUGGGGAGCCAUGGGGAGUCGGCAACACCAGCAAGCCAGCCGCACACCUUAUCGGGAUAUACCAGGACACGGCCGAGGGAGAGGGUCACCGCACCCUGAUGUGGGAGCCGGUGAGGGGGCUGGCCUUCACCAGGGACUCGGUGAGGUACCAGGGUCACUCGCUCAUCGUACCCCAGCCAGGGCUCUACUACAUCUACUGCCAAGUGGGCUUCCGGGGCACCGAGUGCAAGGAGACGCCCCUCACCCUCUCCCACCAGGUGUACCGCUGGCAUGACUCCUACCCCCAGCCCCUCCUGCUGCUGACCGGCACCGAGACCGUGUGCGGAAGGAGCCACAGCCAAGGCGUCUGGUACACUACCCUGAGCCAGGGAGCCAUGGUGGAGCUAGAACAGGACCACCACCUCUACGUCAACGUCAGUGACCCCAACCUGGUCGAUUACCUCGAUGGCAAGACCUUCUUCGGAGUCAUCAAGAUCUGAUCUGGGGGGUGGGGAAGGGCUGGGGCAGGUUAUGUUCCUCUGUUGUCCCUCUCUGCUUUUGUAUUGUUUUUAAGAUCUAUGUCGUGUCUAUUUUUUUCCAAACACUUGCUAUAAUCUGGUAGGAAACGUUUGGUUGUGCAGGGGGAGGGCAGCAAAGUGGUUCGCUCGAGUGGAGUUUAUUGUCACGUGUACAUGUAUGUCUUCAGUGUUGAAAAUUGACCGCCAUCCCAUCGGGAGGUGGCAGGCUCGAGGGGCCAAAUGGCCUCCACCACCCACCCCCAACUCCCCGCUACAACGUGUCAGCCCCAGGAGCAUCAACAGAGAGAAGAUCUCUGGUGUUAGACGGGGAUUCCAUGAGCUCGGUUGGUAGUGGAGGGAGAUGGCGAUGCUGGUGUGAUUGAAGGUCCAACCACCAAUGGGAGGGUGAUAGGAGUGGAAGGACGGGUGAGUGAGAGACUGGGGGCGGCAGCUGAACAUCAAAGGGUUUGGGAACCGGGAUGGGAAUCUAAAUCGCCGUCUGCAGUGUAUCAGAGUAUAAGGGUAUCAUUACCAAGUGAACGAGGUGGCAAUUCGUAAUUGGUUUAUAUUAUUGUUUAUCAUUAUUAUUUUGUGAUGGAACCUCUUGGGUAGAGAACUCCAAAGUCUUGCUGCCUUUCCUGUGAAGAAAUUUCCUCUCAUCUCUGUCCUGAACAGCUGACCCCUUACUAUGAAACCAUGACCCCUGGUUCUGUAAGAGUUUUGUAUGUCUCAAUGAAGUCACCUCUCAUUCAUCUAAACUUGAGGGAAUCCAACAACUGAAGAUUAAAUUGGUAAAUUGGUAUAAUAUUGUCACACGUACCGAGGUACAGUGAAAAACUUUGUUUUGCCUGCCAUCCAUACAGAUCAUUUCAUUACAUCAGUGCAUCGAGGUAGUACUGCUGAGGUAGUACUUUGAGGUAGUACUAUCGAGGUAGUACUGCUGAGGUAGUACUCUAAGGUAGUACUAUCGAGGUAGUACUGCUGAGGUAGUACUCUGAGGUAGUACUGUCAGGGUAGUACUGCUGAGGUAGUACUCUGAGGUAGUACUAUCGAGAUAGUACUGCUGAGGUAGUACUUUAAGGUAGUACUAUCGAGGUAGUACUGCUGAGGUAGUACUCUGAGGUAGUACUGUUGAGGUAGUACUGCUGAGGUAGUACUGUCGAGGUAGUACUGCUGAGGUAGUAUUCUGAGGUAGUAAUGUCGAGGUAGUACUGUAAGCAAUAACAUCAAGCAGAAUAAAGCAUUACAGUUACAGAGAAAGUGCAGUGCAGGCAGAUAAUAAGGUGCAAGACCACGACGAGGUAGAUCGUGAGAUCAAGAGUUCUAUGACGACAGAUUGUUGAGAGUCACUGCCCUCAGUAAGGGAUGUUCUGCUGAUAUUACUGCUUGCCAUUCGCUUACACAGCCCACAACUCAGGGGAAAAAACUCUCUGCGGGCAUUACUCAGGGAUCAGGUUGGAAUUCUGCUGGAACGGGUGGGAGGGCAGAGAGAUGGUGGGUCGAUGGGAGCAGUUGCCUGGGGUGCCCCAGGACAAGGAGAAUGAAGAGUCGACCGUCCCUGGCCUGGCAUCCAUUAACCUCAGGUUGCAGAGGGCAAUGAGGGCAGAAGCUAGGUGCUGGCAGCAGCAGGUCAGCCUGUAGGUCAGUGAGGAUCAGCAGCCAAUCCCUCCAUCCUUACCACAGCAACAUGAAGCUUGCAAUUCCAGUGGCCAGUGUGGAGGUUUCCAGUAAAGUAGGAAGUACACAUGCCAAUUGGCGCAUAGAACGAUCCCACCUAUGGGACAAUGACCUUUGUUGUAAUGAAGGGUUUUUUUUUGGGUGAGGGGCAAGUAUUGGAGAGGCGAGAGCUCCCAGACCCUUCUGAACAUCAGCUGUGGGAUCCUUCACAUUCCAUCGGUGGGGGCCUGGGUUUAACACCUUAUCCAAACACCCGAACCUCUGGCAGUGCGGCACACCCUCAGCGGUGCAGUGGGGAGCUGGCCAGGAGGUCAGUCAGAAUCAGGUUUGUUAUCACUGAUGUAUGUUGUGAAACUAGUUGUUUUGUGACAGCAGUACAGUGCAAGGCAUAAAAAUUACUGUAAGUCACAAAAAUAAAUAAAUAGUGCAAAAGAGGAAUAACGAGGCAGUGUUGAUGGGUUCAUGGACCGUUCAGAAAUCUGGUGGCAGAGGGGAAGAAGCUGUUCUUGAAUCAUUGAGUGUGGGGCUUCAGGUUCCUGUACCUCCUCCCUGAUGGUAGUAACGAGAAGAGGGCAUGUCCCAGAUGGUGAGGGUCCUUAGUGUUGGAUGCCGCCUUCUUGAGGCACAGACACUUGAAGAUCUUGGAUGCCGCCUUCUUGAGGCACAGACACUUGAGGAUGUCCUCGAUGGUGGGGAGGUCUGUGCCUGUGAUGGAGCUGGCUGAGUAUACAACCCUCAGUAGCCUCUUGUGAUCCUGUGCAUUGGAGCCUACAUACCAGGCGGUGAUACAACCAGUCAGAAUGCUCUCCACCAUACGUCUGUAGAAAUUUUUAAGAGUCUUUGGUGCCGUACCGGAUCUCCUCAAACUCCUCAUGAAGUAGUUGAGUCCCUCUGGGACUCAAAACUCACCACCCCUGUCUCGGCAGAACCGGCUGCCCAAUUGCAGUUGGAAGUUUCAGAGGAGAUUAAACCUGUUGUUUACAGUGAAACGGCUUGAAUUGUGUGUGUGCCUGUGUUGCCUUUUAUCUUCACAGCUCCAGAUGGCCUGCUUUUGUGUUUAUUUGACAUUUUCAUGAUGUCUGUAAUGAAUUUGCAAUAAAAACUGAAA